AUUUGUCAAUUAAAUAAAAACCGUAGUAGUCGCCUGAAGACAGAAUCAGUCACAGUUAUCGCGUACCCGUUGGUGGAUCAUAAACGCGAGCGCAACGCCUUCUAUUGUUGGGCAAAACACGAAAAAAUCAAGAGAUAGUGAAAGUGUGCAUAAAUAAAUUGAAAGAACAAAACAUUAAACUAAGCUGAAAUGAGAAAUCUAAUCUACGUGUUUGCAGCAGCAUUGCUAUGCCUCUGCGCUACCUCGGUACAAGGCGAUUUACUCGAUUGCAAUGAGAAAAUCAUACCCUCGCUAUCGGAUUUACCGAUCAUUGGACCGAAAGUGAGCAGCGCUGAGGAAAGCUCUGAGCAUCAGGUGCGCGAUUUUUUCAAAAAUGUCGGUUGCCAAAUUAAGAAGGGCGCUGAAAAGGUAUCCGAACAGGCAAAGAAAAUUGGUACCGAGCUGAAGGAGGGUGCCAAAAAGUUUGGCGAGAAGGCCAAGGAUCUGGGUUCUGAUAUAAAAGACAAACUUGGCGAUAUUAAAGAUAAAUUCUCAAAGGAUUCUUCGGAGGAACUUACAGCCCAUAAGCUGCUCAAUGUGGAACUGAUAAAUCCGGAUAUACUCAAAGCUGAGCAACAGUGCGGCCAUGGACAUAUUUUGGACGCUUUGGGCAACUGCAGUAAAUUGAGAAAGUGAGAAGUGAAAACAUAUACGUAUUCUCGAUUUUAAGGAAGUGAUGAUUAAUCCCAAAGAAUUAUAAAAGUUAGCGCAUUACUAAAAUUAGGUGUAGCUUAAAACAUAGUUUAUAGAAGUUCCAUGAAACUAUAACAAACACAUUUAAUGAGUAUUCGGAGUCACAGAAAUAUUUGCAAAGAUUUGCCAAUAAUACUGGAGAUUCUUAGUAUCAGAUGAACGAUUUGUUGUUAGUGAAGUUAAUAUUGCUUAAAAAUAUAUUUUUGUAUAUACAUAUGUUUAGAUAUGUUUAUCUGUAUGUUUAGUAUUUGUUUUUGGUAUACUGAAAACAGGCAAUGUUAUCAGCGUGAGCAACGUGUAUAAUAUUCUCAAACUAAAUAAAGAAAAAAAAUUAGAGAGCAUUAAAA